UUCGCGUUUGUUGUCAGUUUCUCAGCUCUUUUUCCGUGCGCGCUGUUUUUAUUCUCUUGUCUUUUAUUUUUGUUUGUUUUUUUUCUAGUUCUUACGUUCUAAGUUAUUUACAUGACUAGCACUUUGCUUUGCAGAUAAAGCGCGAUAACGACUCAUUUAAAGAACGAUAAUAAACGAACGACGACGACGCCGACGUUGCCAAAUUUCAAGUGCAACGAUAAAUAAAUAAAUAAAUUGAAAAAGAAAAAGCAGCAGAAAUAACAAAUUUCAAUCAAAGUUGAAAGUUAAUGAUUAACGUUUUGCACAACCACCAACAACACAAACCAAACGACAACGACAACGUCUAGUUAAUAAUACAACAAGAUGAUUAAAUUAAAAUCAUUAUUCCGCAGAGGACAAGGAACCUCGAGUUCUGCCUCCUCCAACAACUCAUCGCACAAGCAACAGCAGCAGAAUUCGAACAACAAUCGACAGAAAUCGCAGUCCAGCACAUCCCUGAACACUGCGCAUGAGCAACCACAGCAACAGCAACAACAACAACAACAGCAGCAGCAGCAGCAGCAACUAAACAACUCUGCGACAACAACAAAAUUUUAUUCAAAUCACGAGGCGACCUACGAACGCGGCGUCGAUGUGGGUGACGAGGCUGCGUUGCUGUUGACCACACAACAGCAGCAACAGCAGCAGCAGCGACGCCAGGCGCAACAGCAGCUGAGCAACACGCUGCCGCAGAAAAAGUCCAAAUUUAAGGGACAAAAGCAGCCAAAGCAAUUGCCACAACAGCAGCAAUUAGAGCAACAGCGGCAGCAACAACAACAACAGCAACAGCAACAUCAACCGAUGACGUCCAUUGCUGCUGUGCCGACGCCAACACCAACACCAAACAACAGCAACAGCAGUCACAGCAAUAAUAACAACAAUAGCAGCAACAGCGCAUUGGCCGCGUUGCAAGAUGGCGGCGCUGCUGCCGCUGCCGCUGCUGAUUUUUACCAGCAAUUAGCAGCAGCCGCAACAACAACAACAGCAACAAGCGCCGCAGUCAGUGGCAACAGCAGCGGCAGCCACAACACUGCUGUCAACAAAGCCUUCCCAGCCGCAGCAGCAGCUGUUGCUGUUGCAGCCGUUGCGGCAAGCAGCUACCAGCAGCAGCAGCAGCAACAACAACAACAGCAGCAGCAGCAGCAGCAGCUCAUCAACAACGAACAACAACAACAGCAACUGUUAGAGGCUAACAACAAAAUGCAGGAGCUGCACAUACAGCUGGAACGAAUGGGACGUGAGCAACUGCAACUGGAGACGCGCAUCACAGAGCUGCUGCCAUACCAAAGCGAGGUGACCAAACUGAGGGGCGAUCUGCUCAAGAUGCAGAAUCAACUAGAGAAAACACAAAUGGAGAUUGGCAAUUUGAAAUAUGAAAAUGAGUCUUUACGCAAUCGGUUGCGGGACGUCGUCAAUUCGCCACUGUCGGACGCGGAGAAGCAUCAGAUCAUUCAAGAGUCGCAACGCUUGCACAGCUCGGCGCCCGCCUCCAUAGCACUGCCCAAUUUGAACGAAGCUGCGCACGAUGGAACGCCAUGUCUCACGCCGGACUGGGACAAACACUCGUCGUCGAGUGAGAUUUCAGUAGCAUGUCUGCAGGACAAGAUCAUACAGAUGGAGGAGACGCACUACUCGACAAAUGAAGAGUUGCAGGCAACGCUACAGGAAUUGGCCGACCUGCAGGCGCAGCUGAGUGACACACAAACAGAGAACGAACGUUUGGCCGAUGAGAAGGAUGUGCUCUUCCAAUCGCUGUGUCGCCAAACGGAAAUGCUGAAUGAGUCGCGUACACAGAUCAACACGCUGCAGGAACUGUUGCUGCGUGACACAAAGCAGGCCGAGGCGUCCACCACGGAGCGCGAGAAGAAGUUGCUCGAUUUGAUAGAGACGACGCAGGAGGAGCGUGAGGCGCUCAUGCUCAAGCAGGAGGAGCUCAACGCUGAGCUCGGCGAACUGCGGCAGUCGCGCGACACCGCUCAAUUGGAGCAGCAGCGACUGCGUGAACGCAACGCUCUGCUCGAUUCGCAGCUGGAUGCGGUCAAUGCCGAGCGCAAGCAGAGCGAAGCGCAACUUUCAUCGGCCAAGGAGGAGAUCUCACAGCGUGCCAUUGAGAUGAGCAGGCUGAGCACGCUUUUGGAGAACGCACGCUCCAAGAUCGAAGAGCUGGAAGCUGAUCUCGCACGUGGAGACAAGACUGAUCUAAGCGAUGUGCUCGACGCGGCGCGUCGGGAGAAGGAUGCCCUCGAGGAGCGGUUGGCCGAGCUACAGGAUCAGUGGUCGCGCAGCCAGGCAGAAUUGCGGCGUUUGCGCGAACAGCUCGCUGGCCUCACCGAGGAAUGCAAGGUAGCCAAAAACAAUGCCAAGUGCGCUGUCUCGCAUCUGGAGUAUCAGCUGGAGCAGCUGCAAUCUGAGAAGGAUAAACUAGCCGGCGAUUGUCAGACACUGGAGGAGCGUAUCAAUGAGCUGCAUGUGCAGUGCAAAUGUCAUCAGGACGAUAAGGCGCAGCUGCAGCAGCUGCUGACCGCAACGCAGCGGCAUUUGGGCGAUGUGGAGUUGCAGCUGGCCGAUAGUGAAUCCCGCCUGGAAAAGGAGACGCAGCUGCGCAAACGCGACGCUGAUGAAUGGCAACAGUUCCAGGCGGAUCUCCUAAUGACUGUGCGUGUUGCCAACGAUUUCAAGACUGAGGCGCUCAGCGCACGCGAGCAGCUGGUGCUCGAUAACAAGACGCAAAAGGAAAAGAUCCGACUGCUCGAACAGCAGCUGGACAAAUUAACCAAACAGCAAUUGCAGCAGACAGAAACGCAGCAAUCGGUGCUGACAUCUGUGCAGCAGGAGAUGGCAUCCCGCCGCAGCAAACUCAGCUUUAGUCGACAGGACUCGCGGCUCUCUGUCAAAACACUUAUCGAGAGUAUCGAAAACAACAAACAGCAAGGCAAAACGGAUGAGACGGAGUCGCAUUAUAGCUCGACGUCGAGUCUAAACAGCGGCACUCCCGAGGCGGGCAAUACGCCCAUUAUACUGCCCGGAUCAAGUGACUGGCACGAGAGCCUUCGUCUACCUGUGCUACAGAGCAGCAAUCUGCAUGUAAAUGUGAACACAGCAGCAGCAGUUGCUGCAGCCACAACGAUACCAUCCACAGCAGCAACAGCAACAGCAGCAGCAACAUCAGCUAACACUACCAAAGCAACACAGCAACAACUGCAGCAGCAGCAGCAGCAGCCGCCGCAACUGCAGCAUCAACUGUCGCAACAGUCAAUGACAAGUGUAACAUCAUCAUCAUCGACGCAGCCAUCCACACCAAACACGCCCAGCAGCCUGCAACAGCAGCCGCCCAGCCUGACAACGCCAGUGCAGACGCCAAAUAGCGCCCUAGUGAGCAGCCUCAGCUUUGGCAAUGUCUCAAAAUCCGUUAUCAGUGGUGAACGCAAGGAUCCGCUCAAUAUGCUGGCUAAAAACGGUGGCUCCAAGCGCAAUGCGCUGCUCAAGUGGUGCCAGAAUAAAACCGUCGGCUAUCGCAACAUUGACAUCACGAACUUCAGCUCAUCGUGGAACGAUGGGCUGGCAUUCUGCGCCAUUCUACAUUCCUAUCUGCCGGAUCGCAUACCCUACGACACGCUCACUCCGGCCAACAAGCGUCGCAACUUUUCACUAGCAUUUGCCGCCGCCGAGUCGGUUGGCAUCAGCACCACCCUGAACAUCAAUGAUAUGUGUCAGAUUGAGCGACCUGACUGGACGCUGGUCAUGUCCUAUGUAACAGCUAUCUACAAGUACUUCGAGACAUAAUCCCGACGCA